UGUACAAGUGAUCUGCUGCGCUCGGGACCUCCCCAAAACUUCUGGGCAUAUAAAAGCCAAGCUAAGUCAUUUGUUUAAGCAGUAGGGAGUUUCUGCUAGGAUCUGGAUUGGAGCUACGCACAGACCGGACCCUACCGUGCAUGAGUAAUAUUUAGACAUGUUCAGCUUUGUGGAUAUUCGUGUAGCGCUGCUCCUGAGUGCAGCGGUGCUUUUGGCGAGAGGUCUAAGCGAGGAAGAUGUGCCAUCACGUGGCUGCACAUAUAAUGGAAAGGUGUACGGUGAUCAAGAUAGAUGGAAACCAGAUCCCUGCCAGUUCUGCUUCUGCAACAGUGGAGACGUCUUGUGCAGUAUGCCGCGCUGCAUGUACCCAUCCGGCUGCACCAACCCAAUCGUCCCAGAGGGACAGUGCUGCCCCAUCUGCCCCGAUGAUGGGAUUAAGAGGGGCGGAGGAAGUAGAACAGGAAUCCUUUGGUGAGGAGGUUUGUCCGCUGCAGAGCCAGAAAAAUGUGCCGAUUCACGGUCACAGUGUAACCAAAUCGACUUGUGCUUGGAACGGGCUGAAUGCUGCUGCUUGAGCUUCAAGGACUUGAUCUUUACAAAGGAACCAGGAGGAGAAGUCGUUUGCCUGCUGGCUGACCUUCUCUCUAUGAAACCACCUGUGUAAUUCAGCUCUGAUGUGAUUGACUUGUGUUGUUGUUGAAGGGUCGGUGAGUUGAAACAAUUUGGCUCCUCUGUUUCUCAUUCAGUGCUUGUUCAUUAUUAUUCUAUUAAAAUAUGAAUCAUUA